AUGGCAACUUCAAUUGAUCAAACCAUCACCAAGUCAUUGCAUCCUAAUCAAGCCAUCACACUCAUUUUCUUAGCUUUCUUAUUGCUCAUCAGCCCUACAAGUCCCAUGACUCAUCAUCUCCACGAAUCCUCACCAAAGAACACUAUGGCUCCUUCUGAUAGGUUUCUCCUAGAACCUCCCAGUCCAUCUUCAUCCACUAUGAAAUUGCGUCCAACGGCUCACACGCGACGCAGCCGCACUUCUUCUUCUUCUUCUGAGAGGAGGAGGAGAGAGUUCGGAGCUGAAGCUCAUGAGGUUCCAAGUGGUCCAAACCCUAUCUCCAACUAG